AUGUCUCUAGUCGACGAGACUAUCGAACUAUUAAGAACUUUUCGCCAUGUACCUGAAGAAAUGGUAAAACAGCUUUGUUACAAAGCCCAAGAACUUUUAAUAGAAGAAUCAAAUGUACAACUAGUAUAUACCCCUGUUACAAUUUGCGGCGAUAUUCAUGGUCAAUUUCAUGAUUUAUUAGAACUUUUCAGUGUUGGUGGAGAAUGUCCAUUUACAAAUUAUUUGUUUUUAGGGGACUUUGUUGAUCGUGGCUUUUACUCGGUUGAAUCUUUUCUAUUAUUACUCUGCCUCAAAGUCAGAUAUCCUGAUCGAAUAACGCUAAUACGCGGAAAUCAUGAAUCUCGCCAAAUUACAACUACAUAUGGUUUUUAUGAUGAAUGCAUGCGAAAAUAUGGAUCUUCUUAUGUUUGGAGGUUGUGUUGUAACGUUUUUGAUUACUUAGCUCUUUCCGCUCUUGUUGGUGGGCCACAUGGUGUAUUUUGUGUUCAUGGGGGUCUUUCUCCGGCAGUAAAAUACAUUAACCAAAUUCGGUUUAUCGAUCGAAAGCAAGAAGUUCCUCACGAUGGUCCUAUGUGUGACCUUCUUUGGUCUGAUCCUGACGAUAACCUUGACGGACCAACAGAAAUUCCUUCAGAUGUUUUCGAUGACGAUGAUGAUCCAUCUAAUGAAUUAGUUCAAGACGAAGAUCUUGAUAUGUAUUUAGCAGACUCAAAAUCAGCACAUUCACGACUAAAUCAAAAUUUUAAUAACAAUAAAGAUAAUGAAGAUGAAGUAAAUCGGAAAAUAAAUGCUUCAUAUUUUAUUAAUAAUGAACCUCAACAAAAAUCCACCGGAAACGACUUAAAUGACAAACAAUUUAUGAAAAUAAAGACUAAUGACCAUGAUGAUAAAAUUACCAACUCAGAUGAAAAAAGAGAGGAACAAAUAUAUGAUGAAGCACCUUUUUAUCGCACUAAUGGCAUAAGUCCUGAUGAUAGCCCAAACUAUCCAAAUACAUUUAAAACUUCUCAGUGGAGUACUUCCCCAAGAGGAGCAGGAUAUCUGUUUGGUCCACAUCCUGUUCAUAUGUUUAAUCAUUUUAAUAAUACUUCGCUGAUUGCACGAGCACAUCAAUUAAUAUUAGAAGGAUAUAAAGAAAUGUUUAACGAAUCUUUAGUAACUGUUUGGUCUGCACCGAACUACUGUUAUCGAUGUGGUAAUGUUGCUGCAAUAUUGCAGAUUGAUGACAAUCUGGAGCGAAAUUAUAAAGUUUUCCACACUCAAGUAAGCGAGCUAGAAGGUUCUAAAAUCAUGCCUAUGCGACGUCUUGCUGCAGAGUAUUUUUUGUAG